ACUUCAUUUAGCAGCUGGAAAUGUCAUUUGAAAUCAAUUUCUUUUAUUUUUAUUUUUCGCGAUGACACGUUCGUAAUUUUUAAAAAAAAAUAUAUAUAUUUAUUUUUUUGCAAUGCAAAAUUGGCAGAUAAACUGUUGUUUGCGAUCUAGAGCAUAUUAAAAAUUAAUUAUCGUUGCUGAAAAUGGCUACACGAGGAGCUCCCAUGGUACCUGGGACUGAUGGGUUGGAUUACGAAUAUAGACAAAAAGUGGCUGCACAUCAUCAUAUAAGUGUUUUGAAUAAGUCACGAUUAAAGUGGUGUAUAUUCUUUCAUGCUUUACUAUUUUUUGUAAUGUUGGCAAAAUUAUCUGCAGAUAUUUUAGAUCGUCUAGAUAUUUUUAUUUUGGAACUAGAAGAAUUAGAAAUACCAAAGCCACUAUUGUGGGAAUACUUAUGGUGUAUUUCAAUAUUUUUUUCAUUUUUUGGAUUAUCGGCAGCACGUGGGAAUAUAAUUAGCAAAAUGCAAAAAUAUUUAAUUGGAAUUAUCGCAUUCGGCGUAUUACCACUUGUUUAUUGUUUUCUUUAUUAUAUUGGGGAUAUUUGGGAAUAUACUAUGAUGGAAGAAGACGCAGAUAUUGAUGAAACUGACAUACAUAUUUGGCGGAAAAUGCCAUAUGGACUUUUGUGGUUUGCUUUUUGCCUGGUUGGGUUUCAAAUUCAUGGCUUCACUUUAUUUUUUGGUUGGAAUUUAGUUCAAGCAUGGAACGCCAGAUAUCAGAAUCGCAAAAUUCAGUAAAAAUGAGCUUUAUCAUCAUAAAAGAAACAAAGACAUCAAAUACAUAAAAUAUGGAAUAAAAAUAAAAUUUCAAAUGCCAAAAGAAAAAUUUCCAGCAAUGCGAACACUUUUUUGUUUUUCUUUUUGAUAAAUUAAAAAUAGUUAGAUAUAUGAAAAUUUAAAGUGUAUUCGUUUUUACUUGUUUAAUUAUAUAAAGCUGAAAGUUAAUUGUAAAAAAAACUAUUAUUAAAAUAUUUUAAUUUUUAAGCGUUGUUUUGUUAAAUGACUUUGAUUGGGUUAGUGUACAACAAACCCUUUUAAUACAAAAAGAAGAAAAGGAGGUAAAAUAACAUUAUAUCAAAAUAAAAAUGUUUCUAUUUCACUACGCUAUGACAAGCGCAAGUGUUUAAAAAUAAUUUACUUUUAUCUUAAUUUUCAUUAGGUUUAAUUGUGUUGAGGAUUAUUAUAUACUAUUUGUUUGUUUUUGGAAUUUAAAUAAUUGCAAUAAAUUUAAUGAAAACAUUUUAA